UCAGACUCAACAAUGGACGCUUGGUCAGUUGCUCAGGUCUGCAGCUGGUUGGUGGAGAAAAAUUUAGGAGAGCUAGUUCCCAGGUUUCAAGAGGAAGAAAUAAGCGGGGCUGCUCUUCUAGCACUUAACGAUCGGAUGGUUCAGCAACUAGUGAAGAAAAUUGGUCACCAGGCUGUCCUGAUGGAUUCAAUUGAAAAAUAUAAGCAGAGCAGCCGAGCAACGCAGCAUCCUGGACGCUCUGGAUGCCCUGAGGAGGCGGCCCCCCGCGCAAAAGCAGAAGCAACCCCAGAUCCCAGGAUGGAGCAGCUCUGCCAGCUGGCCGGCCGUGGGGAGCAGAUGCCGACUGUCCAUCACGCUGACAGCCUGGAAAAAGCACUCAUCGACCAACGCGUGCUGAAACAGAGGAGAAGCAUGAAGCCCAUUCUAGCAAGGAAUAAAGCACUGCGGUGGGCCCGGUCCUACAUGCUACCAGAGUUUCCCUAUGACGUCAAAUGCAUGCUAGCAGAGCAGAAGUGUCCCGACCACAGCAUGCGGAUCAGGAUCAUUGAGUUCCUCCAGGCCGACAUGACCAAGUAUCUAGAAGGCUCACUGUAUCCCACCACCCAGCAGUACAAUGAUGUGGUCAACGCCCUGUUGCAGGCCCACCCCUUUCUGGACGAGGAUGGCUGCAGCUUUUUUUCAUGGAAGCGAGCACUCAAAGAUCGGUUUAAAUAUGUUCGAAGACCCAUAGAAGAUGAUGAACAAGUUAUGAGAAAUAAGUGCAAAUUUGGACACCGAAGAGGCCAGACAAGAAAAUCUCUCGCUGCUACAAGAUGGGAUGAAACUAAAACUGCCCAAAUAAAAGAAGAAUCUGCUCGUUUCGCUUCUGAGGUGGAAGCACACAUUACCUGGUUCCAGCGAGAGUUUGUGAAAGCAGAAAAGAACUGGAGAGAAAUUGACCGAAGGAUGAGCCAGACUUUGGAAAUAAGAAGAAAGAUGAUUGGCGGCAGAACACCUCCCAAGCACAUUCUUCAAAUGUUUCCUUUCUUGAAGUGCCCCUACCAGAUGUUCAGAGAAUUCCAGCUUCUGACAAGAACAGAUAUUUAUAGGAAAACAAGGCAUAUUUUGGAAUCCUACUCAGAAAAUGUACUGACUGCUUUCUCGGUGGUGGACAAGCCCAUCAGUGUGGCUCUGCAGGAGGCAAUGAGGCAGUGUACAGAUGAAGGCAUGUUGAAAUAUAUGAAGAUGACAGCCACAUGUUUACUUCUCCCAGAUGUUUUUGGAGAUGAUCCCAGCCUUUUUGCCGUUGUGAAUGAGAGGGUGCAAGUGUCCACGCCUGUGUUGGAAGUUAAAAAUCCUUUUGACGUCAACGUCUGCGAAUUUUCUUUAUACCUGGACAAGGAGGAGCUCACCAAGGUGGAGGACUGUGUGACAGCCCUGGCAGCCCUCGUGGCUGCCUUCCAUGUCUUUGAGAUCGAGUGUCCAAGAAGGCUGUCCCAAACGCUCCACUUCCUCGACACGCUCAUCUUUGACACAUGUAGUCCCUAUUGUUCUUGGAAAGAAAAGGAAAAGAAAGUAGGAUUUCAGGCCCCUGUCACUUAA